AUGACUGCUGCACAAUAUGCUAAGGGAGAGAGCCUGACGAGGGGGAGCUUUGGGCAGCAUAAGCUCGUCAACGGUGAAUUCAAAGAGGCGCAGGGCCUCUACGCCGAGCUGGAAUCCAUGAACGAGGAGACGUUCAUACUAUUCGCCCAGUAUGCGUAUACCGGAGACUAUAACAGAGAAAUUCCCAAGGAAGCAAAGUCGUUUAUCGUUGAGAAUUCCCAGACGGAGGUGAUAGUAGCUUAUCCCAACCCUGACGUCGCCGAGCCCGCCUUAGACGCUUGGGGCUGGGGUGUCAACAGCAAGAAAACUAAAUGCAACAAGCUGUGGAGCGAAUUCAAGAAAGAACAUUCCACUGCUCUCCCAGCGCGUAAGGACUGGCCUGCGACGAAGCCUUGCGCCGGCAACGUCAUUCUCUCGCAUGCGCAGCUAUAUGUCUUUGCUGACUGCUACGGAAUCUCGGGGCUGAUGUAUCUGUCGUUUGGCAGACUUGGGAACGUGCUGGUAGACACAGAGGUCGACGACGACAAGGUGGAAGAUAUUGUCGAUACGCUACAAUACUGCUAUGACGAGCUCACACCACCGAAGCUCAGGUCACUCCUGGUUCUCUAUGCCGCCUGCAAGAUCGAGACGCUAUGGAAGUGCACCAAAUUCCGCGAGCUCUCGACGAGACAUGGCGAAUUGUCAACUGCCAUCAUCGGGGCAAUGAUAGGCAGACUGGGCUGA